AUGUUGGCAGGUGCGUUGGUUCUGGGCAUCGUCCUCACAGCUUUACCAGGUAUCCAGAGCGGGUGGAGCGCCUCAUUUUCCAGGAGGGAGAUCUGUGUGUGGGCGGGAACCACCGUCACGCUGCCCUGUCGCUAUGACUACCCGUCAGGUCACACGGUGACGCGGGUCAUGUGGUUCCGAGUGUCCGCAGAAGGCCGCAGGGCGUUCGCUCACCACACCGACCCCAACGAGAUCAGCCUGUCGUACCGCGGACGCACCCGCUACAUCGGAGGGAGCUACUCCAGCUGCUCGGUCCAGAUCCGGCAGGUCGGGCUGAGCGACGCCGGCCAGUACCACUUCCGCUUUGAGACGGACCAACCGCUGGGGAGGUGGACCUCCCCGAGCACCAUCGCUCUCGAUGUCACAGACCUGCAGGUCCAGGUCCAGCCGGCCCGGCCCGCCCACAUGAUGGUCUCCGGGGAGACGGUGUUCGUGGGCUGCCGGGCCCGCGGCUGUGCGGCCCCCGGGAGGAGCCUGGCCCUCUACAGGAGCGGUCAGAACCUCGGCUCCUUCGACACGUGGAUGACCAUCGCCGGCUUCGCCGAGCGGCACACCGGAGCCUACGCCUGCCGACCCGUCCCGCCGCAGAACGUGCAGUCGCCCGCCGUCUGGCUGGCUCUGGGCCACGGUCCCAGCUCCACCUCCAUAGCAGUCUCCCCCGUGGGGGAGGUUUCAGAGGGCGGGUCGGUCACUCUGACCUGCAGGAGUGACGCCGCUCCGCCCGUGGAGAGCUUUGUGUGGUUCAAAGACAUGGCGAGCGACAGCAUCCCGGACAGCUUCAGGCCUCAGCUCCGUCUGUCUCACCUCAAGUACACCGACAGAGGAGAAUACUUCUGUGUCGCCCGCAACGCUCUGGGCACCGAGCGCUCGCGACCUCUGCUGCUCAAUGUCACGUACUCCCCGAAGAACACGCGUGUGCUGCUGAUGCCUCCGGCCGACAUCAGGGAGGGCUCCUCCGUGACCAUGAGCUGUGAGAGCCGCGCCCACCCGCCGGCCAGCAGGUAUGCUUGGUACCGUAUCCUAGGCGACCAGGUGUUGUCUAGAGGAACCUCCCCCUCCGUGGCGUUCCCCUCGGUCCGCGCUCACCACGCCGGUCAGUACUUCUGUGAGGCCGGGAACCGCUUCGGGUCGCAGCGCUCGCCCACCGCCACGCUCACCAUCCUCUACCCUCCUAAGAACACGUCCCUCCUGGCCCGUCCCUCCAGUGUGGUGGAUGCCGGCCGACCUUUGACCUUGACCUGCAGCAGCCAGGCCAACCCGGCCGUGGACAACUUCACGUGGCACCGCCUGCCGCUGGACGGCGGCUCGGUCCAAUCGUGGGGCGGCAAGGCCCGCCCCGUCUUCACCUUCCUGGAGGUCGGCCCCGGAGAGAGCGGCCAGUACUACUGCGAGGCCCGGAACCGGAUCGGCGCCCACAGCUCGCCGGUGCUGACCGUACGCGUCAGAGGUCGUCUGAAGGUCAUCGCCUUGGCGUCGGCGGUCGGGGUGUCUGCGGGUCUCAUCACUCUCACUGUGGCCAUCAUGAUCAGUAAGAACAUGCACAAAGUGGACACGGAGGCAGCAGACAACAAGCGCCCCUCAGUGGAUGAUGACACCUUGUUCUUUGAGUCGACCCAACAGAACUUUCCAGUGAGAAUGAUGUCCGACAUCCCGGAGGAGCCAGAGGACUUGAGUGACAGCGCCCACCCUGCCAUUGUUCCUCUGAAGGAUGCUCCACCAAUCACAGCAGUUGAAACUCAUAGCCCCGCCUCCAACUACUUGGCUGUCCACAACUCCAAGUUGUCCAGCGUGGACCAGGUGCAGGUCCACAACCUGCCGCUAGGUGGUGACAGAAACCCGACGGACUCCUCCGGAGUUGUCUACACGUUACUGCAGCAGCCUCGCCUCUGA